CCUAGAGAUCAAUCAACAAUGGCGGCCGUCGCUUCACCCAACCCUUCCGCCUCCGCCAAGCCUCCUUCCUUCUCUACGCAAUUCCAGCCUCGUAUGACUCUUCUCCCUCGUUUUACCCUUCCUAUUUAUUCUAAUCCUCAAAAGCGCCAUCCUUUCCUUCACAUCUCCAAUGUCAUAUCCAACUCUAAGCCCACCACUACCACCACUACCACUAUGCUUCCUGUUCCGGAGUCUUUCAUCUCCCGCUACGCCCCUGACCAACCCAGAAAAGGGUCUGAUGUCCUUGUGGAAGCUCUCGAACGGGAGGGUGUCACCGACGUAUUCGCUUACCCUGGAGGUGCUUCAAUGGAGAUCCAUCAAGCAUUGACCCGUUCUCGCACCAUUCGCAAUGUCCUUCCCCGCCACGAGCAGGGUGGCGUCUUCGCCGCCGAGGGCUACGCUCGCGCUUCGGGUUUACCCGGUGUAUGCAUCGCCACCUCUGGCCCUGGAGCUACCAAUCUGGUAAGUGGUCUUGCUGAUGCUAUGCUCGAUAGCAUCCCAAUCGUUGCUAUUACCGGCCAAGUCCCCCGGAGAAUGAUCGGAACUGAUGCAUUUCAAGAAACUCCGAUCGUAGAGGUAACUCGUUCCAUCACGAAACACAAUUACCUUGUUCUAGAUGUAGAAGAUAUCCCACGAAUCGUUCGUGAAGCUUUCUAUCUCGCAUCUUCUGGUCGACCAGGCCCUGUUUUAAUCGAUGUCCCUAAAGAUAUACAGCAACAAUUAGUAGUACCGAAAUGGGACGAACCAAUGAGGUUGUCUGGUUACCUAUCUAGGUUACCUAAACCGCCAAACGACUCACAUUUAGAGCAGAUUAUUAGGCUGAUUUCAGAGUCCAAGAAACCAGUUUUGUAUGUGGGUGGUGGUUGUUUGGAUUCAAGUGAUGAAUUGCGUCGAUUUGUGGAGCUUACUGGGAUUCCGGUGGCAAGUACUUUAAUGGGUCUUGGAUCCUACCCAGCUUCCGAUGAUUUAUCACUUCAAAUGCUUGGAAUGCAUGGAACUGUUUGUGCUAAUUAUGCUGUUGACAAAAGCGACUUAUUGCUUGCGUUCGGGGUUAGAUUUGAUGAUCGUGUAACAGGAAAGCUUGAAGCUUUUGCUAGCAGAGCUAAAAUUGUUCAUAUCGAUAUCGAUUCUGCAGAAAUAGGGAAGAACAAGCAACCCCAUGUGUCUGUUUGUGGUGAUAUCAAGAUAGCACUCAAGGGUCUCAACAAGAUUUUGGAGGGGAAAGGUGAGAUCACAAAUCUUGAUUUCUCGUCUUGGAGGAAAGAAUUGGAUGAACAGAAAUUGAAUCACCCACUGAGCUUUAAAACAUUUGGGGAUGCUAUUCCUCCUCAAUAUGCUAUUCAGGUUCUUGAUGAAUUAACAGGUGGAAAUGCGAUCAUAAGCACAGGAGUUGGGCAGCAUCAGAUGUGGGCUGCCCAGUUUUACAAGUAUAACCGUCCUAGACAGUGGCUAACAUCCGGUGGACUAGGGGCGAUGGGUUUUGGACUGCCUGCUGCUAUUGGGGCAGCCGUUGCAAGACCUGAUGCGAUCGUAGUUGAUAUUGAUGGUGAUGGAAGCUUUAUGAUGAAUGUUCAAGAAUUGGCCACAAUUCGAGUGGAAAAUCUUCCAGUUAAGAUAAUGUUGCUCAAUAAUCAGCAUUUGGGUAUGGUGGUUCAGUGGGAGGAUCGUUUCUAUAAGGCAAAUAGGGCGCAUACCUACUUAGGGAACCCAUCAAAAGAGUCGGAAAUCUUCCCAAAUAUGUUGAAGUUUGCCGAGGCCUGUGAUAUCCCAGCUGCCCGAGUGACUCAAGUGGGUGAUCUUAGAGCUGCUAUUCAGAAGAUGUUGGAUACCUCCGGACCCUACUUAUUGGAUGUUAUCGUCCCACAUCAAGAACACGUUUUGCCCAUGAUCCCUGCUGGAGGAGGUUUCAUGGAUGUGAUCACUGAAGGCGACGGCAGAACGAAAUAUUGAGAGCUCAAAGUCACAAAUUAGUUUCAGACACUGUAUGUAACAUCUAGCCUCUUCACAAAAGUGAUGUCUGAGCAGAGCUGUUUGUUGGAUUUGAAGUUAAGUGUUCUGUUGUGUAAUUUAUCGCAUAACGUGGCUGUAUCCUCUUAUAUUUCCGUCUUCUGGUUCUUAAGAACGUAUUGUAGGAGAGUGUAUCGACAUUUCUUUUAAUAGUAUUCCUAAAUAAAUUUCCUCAUAAUUGGCUUGUUUUACCAA